UUUAUUUCUUUUCACGUAAUUUCUUAUUUAUUGAUACAAACUUAGAUGAAAUAUAAAAAAAAAGCUGUCUUAAUGUGAUUGACAGAAAACAAUCGUGGGCAGACAACAUUUUAAAUCAGUGCCGUCCAAUGACCUUUUGAAAUGGCAUAUUUAAAGAGUCACGUGUGUGGAUGUCGUCCAUUCUGCUGCCUCGUUGGGAAUUGAACGGUUCGGGUAUAACUUCAGACAAUGGACACAAAAACAAUAUUAAUUUAUGGAUUUGCAGUUUUUUUUGCAAUUAUAAAAAUUGCUUUAACGGCAGAAAGUAAAGUCGAUUUAAGUUUGGACAAUGAACUUUCUAUGCAGAAAAGACUUGAUCCAUCACAAGACGCCGUUGAUUCUUACGAUUUUACCGACGAGGAUUUAGUUCAAUUGAUGAAAAGAGGAAGUUUGUUACGAUUUGGUAAAAGAGGAAGCCUUCUUAGAUUUGGAAAACGUGGAUCAAUCCUACGCUUUGGAAAACGAAGCUCACUUCUUAGGUUUGGAAAACGUUUUGGACACCAGGACGAUACAGGAGCAUGGCAAACAUACUUAGAUGAAGAUUUAAAGAGGAACUCUAUUUUACGAUUCGGCAAAAAAGCAGCAUUAUUUCGAUAUGGAAGAAGUGCCGAGAAGGCUCCUCAUACUCCUUUUCGAUUUGGUCGUGAGGAGGAAUUAAUAUAAAUUCUUCAGACGAACUUCACAUUGAAUAUAACAUUGAAUUGAUUAUAAUGUGCAACAGCUUGAAAUUGGAUCAGACGUAAGAAUACUAGGUUUAAAGAAUCAUUUCUGCUAUAUUUCGAUUGAAGUAACAUGUUCAAUUUAAUACAGUCUCAUUAAUCUGACCGGAUUCUUAAUAUAUUAGAAUUACUCAAAAACAAUGAUUGAUUAUUAAAGAUUUUAUCCCAAAUCAUUAUACCUACGAUAACGACAGAUGCAAAACAAGGACCAUUUCAAAUAAUCCAUUGGAAACAUAGAACAAAUAUUAAUAGAUGCUUACAACACAUUGUAAAAGUUUGAAACCUUUCGUUCACCAAAAGGUCAACAAAAUCGAAUGUUCCUGAACUUUUCUUUAAGUUCUCCUUACUUAUAAAUCACGAUUUUUUGCUCAAAUCUUAAAGCAACAAAAAUAAAUUAACUGUUAAGUUUCAAUGUGGGUUAUAAGUGAAAUCUACACUCUCUAUCACACCACGUGAUUUUAGUUGGACUAAUUAUGAGUGGUAUAAAGUAAUGGCGGAUGUUUAACUUGAUGUUUUGGAAUAAUUUAAAUGAAACAUUCUGUCACUCGACAUUUAAAAUUUUAUAAGUGAUCAAGUUGUAAUACCUUGUUUUAAGUUUAUCGUUAUCGUAGUCCAGAGUUGAAGAACUCAAUAUAUAUAUUUAUGCUGUAUACCCAUUCAUGUUGAUAUGUCUUUGAAAAAAAUACUGAUUUUGUAAUGUUGAUCUUACGAACGUCAUAUGUUGUGCCGAAAUAUGUCUUUCCUUACGAUAUACUAGUAAUGAAUUUUCGUUUAUAUUUUUAUCAGUAGUGUUGUUCACAACUUUCAGACUUGCACACUGUUUUUUGUUUGUGUAGCAUCGUCAUUAAUUGCGAUCUGAUACAAUAUAAUUUUAUGAUUUUUUUAUCAUAAAUUUUCCAAUUCUGAUUGGAUACUAAAUAUUUGAGUCUGAAAGUCUUUACAAAAACGGCAUUUAUGUUUGAAAAAAAGUCAUCCUCACUCACAAAGAAUUUAACAAAAUCUUUUAUUUAUAAUUAGUAUCAGAUUGUUUGAGUCCAAAUUCUUUAUUAAUUUACUUAAAAUAUGCUGAUGGUGAUAUUUCUGAUAUUUUACACUUCCUGCAUUGUAACAAUGUCUCUACAUGUAUGUUUGAUAUGUUAUCAAUGAUGUCGUUAAGUGACAUAGUCAUUAUUAGAAUAACAAUUGCAAAAAAGACAAAGAUACUUGAUCAGGAAACAUCAUAAAAAACAAUAAAUGUCAAAUGUUGUAGGUUAAUAAUUGAAUAUGUAAGUGAGAUAAUUGACUGGAAUCAAUUUAGCUGAUUGAAUAUUAAAAGAGUUCUAAACAAA